AUGAUCUGUGCCCGACUCUUUCCCAUAUGUAACUCGAUGGAAGUUUCCGGUUUCUUUUCAAAACAAUUCAACCUACCACAAAUGAUAUUGAUAAAAUUGGUGGUCGGAUUGGUGACGUUGAAUUAUGUUCUCGCAAGUGUCAAUCUGAUCAUCCUUCACAUCGAUUAUCGCCGACUCGUAAUCAAAACGAUGAGAAGUGCAAAAACUUUGGCUAUUAAAAGAUAUUUCUUGCUGAUAUCCACUUGUCAGAUCGUUUUAAUCAUUUGUUUUGUCGGUAUUCCUUGGACAUUGAUGAUCUCGAUCGAGUUUCUCACGUUUCUACAAACGAAUUUUCUUGAAAUGGCUUCCUGUUUCAGCUGGGCCAAAGUCCUUUUACCAUUUCGACGAGUUCCAUCUUCUUCUCGUUACGCUUCGAAUGGCAAG